GGAAGUGCAGAGGCAAGGUGUGCAAGGCUCCAGACGUGCCCCCCUCCCCAGUGCUCAAUCUCGUGGCCUGAGCAUUCCUUUAGGUGUACCCUUACCCUCCCACAGGUCCCAGGAAAGGAGAGGUUCAAGUUCAAGCUGACACAGGAAUCAAAGAAGCUGAACAUGGCCCGUGGCGGAGAACGAGCAGUCUAUUAUAUUUUCGCGGGAGUGGUGCUUGCUACAGCGUUAUUACCGGACUUUCUGGGGGCUGGUCCAGUGGGACAUCGACAAAAAGGAGACGCUGGAGAAACAAAGCUUGUUCGUCACAAGAGGAACAUCAGUUGGUACAAGCAGCACUCUGACUUCUGGAACUGGUACAAGUACUUCACAGAUACAGGCAACACUAAGGGAGUAGAGGAGCUGGACCGCGUUUACCUUACAUACCUGCAGAACAAAAACCGGGCAGAGGGACGGCGCUCCUACAAACUAUACUUACGCCACCUGGGGGAUAUCUACAAGUCAUGUGCUGAGUCAGAUGACCCAAACUGUGUAGCCUCCUACACCACCAGGCCUAAGCCUACGCCGAAACCUGAGCCCCCCAAGCCGGCGCCCAUGAAGACGUGCGACCCAUACAGAGACCUCUAUUGCCUGUUCUCCAUGAUGUACCCCAAGGCCCCCAUUAGGGCCCCUGCCCCGGUCAAAGCCCCCGCCCCAGUGCUCGCCCCUGUGGCACCAGGCAAGUCUCCUGCAUCCGGCUACUACUACUACUCCCCAAUCCAGAAACCCUUCCUGUCGGCCCAGCAGAAGGCAGAGCUCCUGCGUAUCUGCGAUGCCAAAGACGUGGAGUGCAUGCAGUACCACCUGCGCGCCGCCUAUGGCUACACGCCAUCCGGCGGCCCCGCCCCCUCCUACGCCCACCUCGGCUGCGACCCCGAGAGGGACCUGAACUGCAGGCCGCAGCUGGUGCAGAAGGCCCCUUCCGGCAUGUUCCACCGCUACCCAACCUGCGACCUAACGACUGACCCCUACUGCCUCAUGAGGAUGCACCAGGCCGGCCAGAACCAGGAGGCAGCGGCGCCCCCUUCCGCCCUGAAGCGGCCCUGCAACCCGCUGGUGGACAACGGAUGUAACCCCCUGACCGCGACGCGGUUCGUCGACCUCAGCCGGUACAUGCAGACGCAGGAGAAGGGGAGGGAGCAGGACCCUCAGGACGAGCCGGCGCCAGCCCGCGGCUUGGCCUGCGAUCCCCGCUACGACUCCUACUGCCAGUACCACGUCACCACCGCCGCCAUGAUGAGACGGCCCCCAGCUCCGCCCCCGCCCCCCACCGAGGAGCCACUCGUCCACCCAGAGCUGGGCGUUAGAGGCAAGACCAAGGAGGGCUACACCUGCUACAUCGGCUACGACAAGGAGUGCUACCCGCUGCCCGGCCGGAGGGUCGCCCAGACCUGGCCGAGCGCCAGGGCGUUCGGGUUCGGCCGCGGGCUCCGUCGAGAGGAGGCCUACGAGCCGCACCUCAACGAAGACGGCACCAGGAACGGGGUGAUCGAACCCGACCCUGACUGCGACCCCGAGUACGACUUUAACUGUCGCCUGCGCCGCGCCGAUUCCCCCGCCCAGCCCCGACCGGCCGUACCAGCCCCGGAGGAGAGGCCCCAGGAGCAGCAGGUGACAGAGGAGCACAGGGAUGAGCCGGACCGCCACGAGGAGCCUCACCACCAGGGGGAGCCCUACGAGGAAGAGCCGCGCCACCAGCAGGAUCCUUACGCCCAGGCUCCUGGAUAUGAGCAGCAUCACCACGAGCAGCAGCCUGAGGCCCCAGCUUACGACCAGCAGCAUUAUGAGCCCUACCAGAGCGGCCAGGAAGACCCCUAUGCCAGCCAGGACCAGCCUGGCUCACAGUUCGAUAGCCUGGGAGGAUAUGGCGACCAGUACCCCCGCUAUGAUGAUGGCCAAGAUCACCGUUCUUACACUGGAGUGUACCGGAAAAAGUAAAAGAUUCACCGCCAAACAAGAAAGGAAAAAAAGCAACCAGUGAAGCACAUAAUAAAUACAAUAAUGGCACACAAAUACAUUCACAUGUAUACAUGCAAACACACAAACACACACAAGCACGCACACACAUACACUUCUAACACUUCUGUCAUCCAAGCACAACCCAAUGCUCUACAAGCAGGACACCUGGACUCUCUCUCGGGCGAGUUAGCCUGUUCUGCAGCUCAUUAAAAUGAAAGUUAAUGAUGGCUCUUUGAUAUGUGUGUGUCAGGGGGAUGGAAACCUCAUGUAAGGAACAUUCCUGAAGUUUUGACAGAAAAUGGUGUAAAAACCACCUGACACUUGAACUUGAUUUUUAUUGGGGUCAUUCUCUGCUUGGCAGUUGCUUUCACUCCCUUAUUAAAUCUUCCCUUUUUUUCGGUCUUAUUUCUACAGCUCAUCUGGAAUAUUUAACUGAUAAUUUACAGCUUAGCUUAACUGUGCAUUUCCAAAUUUUCCAAACCUUUUUUGUUUGUCUGUUUAUGAUGUACAUGUAAGAUGUGUCUUUUAUAUUGUUUCAAAUAAAAAGCUUUAAAAAUU